AGGAAGGGCGGGUCUGGGGAGAACCCCCAGGAGCCCCGGCGUCCUCCGGCCCCUCCUCCUUGCAGCCGCGGGAGUCACAGCCCGGUGCCCGAGCCGGUGCCCGAGCCGGAGCCACUCGCUCCGGGCUCGCGCGCCCCCAGCUAUGGCUUUCGCCAAUUUCCGCCGCAUCCUGCGCCUGUCUACCUUCGAGAAGAGAAAGUCCCGCGAAUAUGAGCACGUCCGCCGGGACGUGGAUCCCAACGAGGUGUGGGAGAUCGUGGGCGAACUGGGUGACGGUGCCUUUGGCAAGGUUUACAAGGCCAAGAAUAAGGAGACGGGUGCCCUGGCCGCCGCCAAAGUCAUCGAGACCAAGAGUGAGGAGGAGCUGGAGGACUACAUCGUGGAGAUCGAGAUCCUGGCCACCUGCGACCACCCCUACAUCGUGAAGCUGCUGGGAGCCUACUACUUUGAUGCGAAGCUGUGGAUCAUCAUCGAGUUCUGCCCUGGGGGAGCUGUGGACGCCAUCAUGCUGGAGCUGGACAGAGGCCUCACUGAGCCCCAGAUUCAGGUUGUAUGUCGCCAGAUGCUGGAAGCCCUCCAUUUCUUGCACAGCAAGAAGAUUAUCCACCGGGAUCUGAAGGCUGGCAAUGUGCUGAUGACCCUCGAGGGAGAUAUCAGGCUGGCUGACUUUGGUGUGUCCGCCAAGAAUCUGAAAACUCUGCAAAAACGAGAUUCCUUCAUAGGAACGCCUUACUGGAUGGCCCCGGAGGUGGUGAUGUGUGAGACCAUGAAGGACACACCCUACGACUACAAAGCUGACAUCUGGUCCCUUGGUAUCACGAUGAUCGAGAUGGCCCAGAUUGAGCCUCCGCACCAUGAGCUCAACCCCAUGAGGGUCCUGCUCAAGAUCGCCAAGUCGGACCCACCCACACUGCUCUCACCUUCUAAGUGGUCCCCGCAAUUCCGAGAUUUCCUGAAGACAGCCCUGGACAAGAACCCAGAGACCCGGCCCAGUGCUGCGCAGCUCCUGGAGCAUCCCUUCGUCAGCAGUGUCACCAGUAACAAGGCCCUGCGGGAGCUGGUGGCAGAGGCCAAGGCUGAAGUGAUGGAGGAGAUCGAAGAUGGCCGAGAUGAGGGGGAAGAGGAGGACUCCGUGGAUGCUGCCCCGCCUCUCGAGAACCAUACUCACAGCUCUUCUGAAGUGAGUCAGCUGAGCCUCAGUACAGACAAAGAAUCAUCUUCCACUUCAUUGCCACCCAGCCAGCCCCAGGCCAGUGUUAAUGGGCUUAGCCAGCCCCCCUCUGGGGACAGACCCCUCCAAGCCACCAGCCCCCCGGCUGUGGCUCCUGCAAAUGAAAAUGGCCUAGGGGUGCCUGUGCCCCUCCGGAAGACCCGACCUGUGUCAAUGGAUGCCAGAAUUCAGGUCUCUCAGCAGAAGCAAGUCACUGACCAGGGUGGGGACCUCACUCCAGCAGCCAACAGGCCCCGAAAGGCAAGCCAAAGCCGCCCCAACAGCAGCGCCCUGGAGACCUUGAGCAGUGAAAAGCUGGCCAACGGCAGCCUGGAACUCCCUGCACAGUCUGCUCCAGAACCUUCUAAGAGGAACUCAGAUUGUGGCAGCCGCUCCACCUCUGAGAGCAUGGACUACAGCACCUCUCUCUCAGCUGACCUGUCCCUGAACAAGGAGACGGGCUCCCUGUCCAUCAAGGACUCAAGGCUGUACAAGAAAACCCUCAAGAGGACACGCAAGUUUGUGGUGGACGGUGUGGAGGUGAGCAUCACCACAUCCAAGAUCAUCAGUGAGGAUGAGAAGAAGGACGAGGAGAUGAGAUUUCUCAGGCGCCAGGAACUCCGAGAGCUUCGACUGCUCCAGAAAGAAGAGCACCGGAACCAGAAUCAGCUGAGCAGCAAGCAUGAGCUGCAGCUGGAGCAGAUGCAGAAACGUUUUGAACAAGAAGUCAACGCCAAGAAGAAGUUCUUUGACACAGAGCUGGAGAACCUGGAGCGUCAGCAGAAGCAGCAGGUGGAGAAGAUGGAGCAGGACCACGCUGUGCGCCGCAGGGAGGAGACCAAGCGCAUCCGCCUGGAGCAGGAUCGCGAUUACACCCGCUUCCAGGAGCAGCUCAAACUGAUGAAGAAGGAGGUGAAGAAUGAAGUGGAGAAGCUCCCACGCCAGCAGCGGAAGGAAUGUAUGAAGCAGAAGAUGGAUGAACAUGCUCAGAAAAAGCAGCUUCUGGACCGGGACUUUGUAGCCAAGCAGAAGGAGGACCUGGAACAGGCAAUGAAGAGGAUCACCGCUGACAACAGACGGGAGAUCUGUGACAAGGAGCGCGAGUGCCUCACGAGGAAGCAAGAGCUCCUUCGAGACCGGGAGGCUGCCCUGUGGGAGAUGGAGGAGCAUCACCUGCAAGAGAGGCACCAGCUGGCGAAGCAGCAGCUCAAAGAUCAGUACUUCCUGCAGCGGCAUGAGCUGGUGCGCAAGCACGAGAAGGAGCGGGAGCAGAUGCAGCGCUACAACCAGCGCAUGAUGGAGCAGCUGAAGGUGCGGCAGCAGCAGGAGAAGGCGCGGCUGCCCAAGAUUCAGAGGAGCGAGGGCAAGACGCGCAUGGCCAUGUACAAGAAGAGCCUGCACAUCAAUGGUGCGGCCGCUGCUGAGCAGCGUGAGAAGAUCAAGCAGUUCUCCCAGCAGGAGGAGAAGAGGCAAAAGUCAGAGCGUCUGCAGCAGCAGCAGAAACAUGAGAACCAGGUGCGGGACAUGGUGGCCCAGUGUGAGAGCAACAUGAAUGAGCUGCAGCAGCUACAGAAUGAAAAGUGUCACCUCCUGGUAGAGCAUGAAACCCAGAAGUUGAAGGCCCUAGAUGAGUGCCAUAACCAGAACCUGAAGGAAUGGCGGGACCAGCUCCGGCCACGCAAAAAGGCUCUGGAAGAAGAUCUGAACCAGAAGAAGAGGGAGCAAGAGAUGUUCUUCAAACUGAAUGAGGAAACUGAGUGCCUAAACCCCACCACCCCAAACAAGGCUGCCAAGUUCUUCCCCUACAGCUCUACAGAUGCUUCGUAACAGCUACCCAAGACUGCUGCUGGGGUUUCCCAUUUUCUGUGAACAAAAAACUCAGGACCCAUCUUUGCCCUUGCUUCCACGCCAACUCCCUGCCUCAUUCCACCCAGCUGUGCCCAGGGGUCUGCCCAGUGUUCCUGGCUGCUCCCGCACUCUUAGAGGGCAAGGUUUCACUUUAUGUCACCUCACCCUAAUGUAUGUUCUCUGAGCUCCAGGUGCCUUUAAGCUGUAAGUGAUUUGGGCUGUUGGUGGGGCCGAAGUCCCAGAGGAGCGGGUGUUCUAUGACCUUGAGGUACUUCCUGUUUGCCAAAACACCAGUUUCGCUGUUGCUGGCACCACACACUGUUGCUGAUGUCAUCACGGGCUUGUCCAUACUAUAACUGUUGGUGGCUUCUCAGACAUUCUCUUCUAUUUCAGAUAAGGAUCACUGCCCCAACAACAUUUCAUUCCCUGCGGAGACCAGAUUGCAGCCAGCUACUCUAGGGGGUGUUCAAGAAAGGCCUUGUCUACGGUAGUAGAGGGGAAGAGAGCCUGAAACAUCCCUUCUCCUGGUCUUGGUGUUUGUGCCAUCUUGUGUUUCCCCUUCCUGCACACACAGGCUUAGAGCCCUGGCACCACCCAGGCUUGCUGCCCCCCAGGGCCUCUUGUGGCCAGGUGGGCUGGAACACCUUUGCUUCCGAGCCUGUGCCACUGCGCAUGUCAGCUAAGACCACUGGCUUGGUGCAUGCUGGGUGCUGGCACCAUAGGGCACAGGCUGCACUGCUGGUUCAGCACAUUUUGGCUCCCAUUGGGGAGCCUGCAUUCACAGAGAAAUUCCUUACCAUGCAAAGUGCUCAUUCACAGCCCAGCCUGUGCCCCAACUCAUGUUCACCAACCUGCUACAGACAAUGUGGCAGGUGUUUCUCCUGCCUCGUGCAGGUCUUAUACUUGGUUUGACGCUUGAGACCGAAGCUGACAAUCACCUGGACUUUUGUCCAGGAAGAAAAAGCAUUGGGGAGAGAUGGUGAUUCAUGUGCGUGCCCCAAGAGCAUAACAGAAAGAGAACUUCUGUGUCUGGGGUCCUCAGCCUUCAGUUUACUCAGCUGCCUCCCACAGAGCCUGAUCCUCACAGGGGAGAGAGUGUAGAUAACAUAAUAAAGCGAAUGCUCAAACCAGCAUUCAUUUUAUUUAUGAAGAAAGCUGUUCACCUUGAUAUUUAACUUGAAACAAACGUUAAGUUUCAGGAAGAUUAUCUCCUAUAAACAAAUAACAAAGCUGACACUUUGUUUUUCUAGAACAAUUCCUUGCAAAUAAUCUUCGCACUGGCUGUAAUGAAUGACUGGGAAAGUAAUGGUAAGCCACUCAGCAGGAAAAGACACUUGGGGACUUGCAGGAAGGCAGGAUCCUUGCAGAGAGCAAGGAGUGAGCGAGCACUCGGCUUCCCUGCUUCAGUAGUUGGCCCAGGUGGACAGUUUCCAGGUCUCACCCGAAUGAGAGAAGUGAAAUAAAGCAAUGUCCUGCUUUAAUCUCUGCUGCGCAGGUGCUAGCAAGACAUGAGCUAGCAGCAGAGCAGUACAGAGCACACUCCCCGUUCUGGUAGCCGAAGCCAGGAGGGUGAUCAGAAAGGACCGCUGGGCUUUGUCUACAAUGCUAUUUUUUUGCAGCGUGGUGUGAGAGUAUUAAUUCCAGUUUCCAUGUUUAGGCGGAAAGCCUUUAAUCUUGCCCUUAUUUGGCUUGUCCACCUUGGAAUCUUGUUCAAGGAGUUGCUGCUUCUGUGCUCAGUGCUGCCUGAAAGCUAAGACCUAACAGCUCUCCUGUCCUUUCUGGAUGGGGGCUGGUUUAGUCUCCCAGCCUCACAACUGAGCCAAUGUGCAAUACCCGCAGCUGAAAAGCAUGCAGUAUUCCCCAUGCCCUGUGCUAAUGUUUUCUUCUGUAAGGAGGUAUUUCUCAUUUUUCAGUCAAUUUUUAGCAGAGUAAAUAUAACUAACUUAUAUUUUCCCUUUAUGAAGAAUAGAAGUUAUUUUUAUGUAGUUUCCAAGCUUUAUAUAAAACUUUU